AUGUACGAUUAUACAACAGUACAUCUCACAGAAGCAGAAGAAGCUCCUCUGAAGCAGGAUGAAGGUUUGCUGGAGCCUGAUUCAGUCUUGCUGGAGCCUGAAACAACAGAGGAGCACAAACACACAGAAGAGGCAUCAGUGCUGUUGGAAGAACCAGAGCUAAAUGCAGAUUAUCUGACUGAAGAAGCACCAGAGACAGAACUACAGGCAGAAACACUGCUGAACACUAACCUCGAACCUGUGGAGGAGCCUGUGAAUGAACUUGUGGAGGAGCCCGUGGAGGAGCCUGUGGAGGAACCUGUGGAGGAACUGGUAGAGGAGCCUGUGGAGGAGCUUGUGGAGGAGCUUGUGGAUGAACCUGUGGAGGAGCCUGUAGUGGAGCCUGUGGAGGAAUCUGUGGAGAAGCCUGUGGUGGAGCCUGUGGUGGAGCCUGUGGAGGAACCUGUGGAAUUCCAGUCUGAGGAGCCCACACUUCAAGCAGACUAUAUAGUGGUUGAAGAAUCAGAAGUAGACAUGAAUCCUGGCAGAAAACAGCGAAUGGCGUUACAAAAAGGUAGGCGCCGUUGUAGAGGAUUCACCGUGCAGCACACAUGUUACGAGUUCUUCACAAGAAAGCUCAAUGCCAGUGAUGCUGAGUUACAAUGCCAAAAAGGCUGUCCUAAUGGUCACCUGGCUUCCGUGACAAGCAGCUUUAUUCGUGCUGAAAUCUAUAAUCUAAUGGACCGGUACAGCAGCCGCUCUGACACAUGGCUUGGAGGAAGGAGAAUCAUUGGUACAAAUACUUUUACAUGGUUGGAUGGAGAGCCGUGGACCUACAAUGGCUUUUUUUCUGGAGAACCAAAUAAUCUGGGUGGAAAUGAGGAUUGCAUUGAGAUACUAUAUCGAGUGGGGUUCAAUGACGUAGCGUGCUUUCUAACAAGACCGUUCGUCUGUUCCUGUCCAGUUUAGACAGCAAGAAGAUUCACCUAUCAAAGUGUUUCUCAACCACAUUCCUAUGAGACCACCAGCUCUGCACAUUUCCGUGUCUCCUUAACCAAACACACCUGAUUCAGAUCAUCAACUCAUUAGCAAAGACCUAAACACCUGUAAUGGGUGUGACCGACAAAAGAGACAUCAAAAACAUGUAGUGUUGGUAGUCCUCAAGAAACGUGGUUGAGAAACACUGACCUAACCCACUACACAGAUACUUUUGUAAAGUGCAAAGUGUAACCAUGGGUGAAAUGCAUUGAAUGUAUUAAAAUUAAUAUUUUAUAAUACUUCAUAAGUUAUUAAAACUGAUUUUAUUAAAUUUGCCAUGGUUUACAUUAAAAACAAUAAUGAAAACAUACAUUUUAUGAACAACAACUGAUACAUUAAUCAGGUUAAUACAGCAUUGUAUUGUUUUAAGUGUUUUUCUACUUAAUAAAACCAUCCUGUACAUCCCUUCUCGUCUGUUGAAAUAAAGCUGUAGAAUGG